CCGGCUGGCCCGGCACCGCCUCGCUUGCCCGGGGCGGGACACCCGCAGCUCCCCCGCUGCCGCCCGGCCGCCGGCACGGCUUCGAAUGAAACGGUUCGCGUUCUUCAAGCAGAUUUUAACGCGGGCAGAGGCCGCCCCGCUGGGGCUGCCUCAGCCGACCCGCCCGGGCGGGAACCCUUCUCAAGCGGACCGUAGCUGCCCGGGCGGCUGUUUCCCAGCCGGCGGGGGAAAGCUCCGGUGAGGGGACGGCCCCGCCGGCGAGGGCAGCCUCGUGCCGCUGGCCCCGCCCCGGCGGGGCGAGGCAGAGCGAGGCCGCGCCCAUGAGGUGGCCGGUGGGGCGCGGGCGUGUCUGGGGGAGCGGCUGCCCUCGGCUCGCCGGUGAGGUGCCGGCGGCCGCUGUGCUCUCGCCGUGCCCGCCGUGUGCCGUGUCGAGUGACGGGGCACUGACAGUGAAGGAAGGGAGCAUGGAGAAAACUAACUAUUACAUGAAAAGAUUUUUCCACUUGAAAAGACUUCCUGGGUGCAUUUGCAGAAGACAUCUGCGUGUUUUCCUCUGAAAUGCUGAUGUAUUGAUGUCCUUCUAUCAUAGGGGCUCAGAGAUGGAUUCAUCAGAACGAUCAACAAUUAGAAGUGAGCAGAAAUCCAGGAAAUUCCUAAAAAGUCUAAUAAGAAAGCAGCCUCGGGACCUUCUUCUUGUGAUUGGAACUGGGGUAAGUGCUGCAGUAGCACCAGGAAUCCCAGCGCUGUGCUCCUGGCGAAGCUGCAUUGAGGCUGUAAUUGAAGCAGCCGAACAGCUGGAGGUGCUGCAUCCAGGAGAUGUUGCUGAAUUUCGCAAAAAAGUAAUCAAAGAUAGAGACCUGCUUGUGGUUGCACAUGAUCUCAUCAGGAAAAUGUCACCACGUACUGGGGAUACAAAGCCCAACUUCUUCCAGGAUUGCUUAAUGGAGGUGUUUGAUAAUUUAGAACAACACAUUCAGAAUCCUGUUGUUUUGCAGUCAAUCCUGAGACUCAUGGAGAGAGGCACGAUGGUUCUGACUACAAACUAUGAUAAUUUACUUGAAAUAUUUGGUCAGCAACAGGGUAAACCUAUGGAAUCUUUAGACUUGAAAGAUAAGGAUAAGGUUCUUCAGUGGGCAAGAGGUCAUAUAAAAUACGGAGUUCUUCAUAUUCAUGGCUUAUAUACAGAUCCCUGUGGAAUGGUGCUAGAUCCCUCGGGAUAUAAAGAUGUUACUCAAGAUCCUGAAGUCAUGGGAGUUCUUCAAAAUUUGUAUCGAACCAAGUCUUUUUUGUUUUUGGGCUGUGGAGAGACUCUGCGUGAUCAGAUAUUCCAAGCUCUUUUUCUUUAUACUGUAAAGAAUAAAGUGGAUUUAGAACAUUAUAUGUUGGUGCUUAAAGAAAAUGAAGACCACUUUUUUAAACUCCAGGCAGAUAUGCUGCUGCACGGAAUAAAAGUAGUGUCCUAUGGGGACUGCUUUAACCAAUUCCCAGAGUACGUACAAGAUCUGGCUGCUCAAAUCUGCAAGCAGAGAAGUCCAGAUGCUGAUCGAGUGGACAGCACAACACUGUUGGGAACUUCGUGUUUGGACUGCGCUAAAAGGAAGUUAGGAGACCAUGGCACUGACUCUCCUAAGAGAAUCAAGCAGUCAGAUAAUGGUAUACCCACUAUUUAAUGAAAAAAACAACCAAAACACAACCCAGAAGCUUUUUAACAGAAGGUGUUUUAUAUCUGCUGCGUGGAAAGUUUUAGACUAUUUCCCUGGUUUUAAGUGGAAUAAAAAUUGUGCAUCUUCA